AUGUCGGACGCUGGAGAUGAAAUCCAAGUUGACGCUCCCGAGGUCGAGGUCACUGCGACCGAGGCGCCCAAGGGUAAAAUGUCCGUCGAAGAUGCUCUCCAGCAAGUUCUGAAGAACGCUCUUGUCCACGACGGUCUCGCUCGUGGCCUUCGCGAGGCUGCGAAGGCCCUGGACAAGCGCCAGGCUCACCUCUGCGUUCUCGUCGAGACCUGCACGGAGGCCGAGUACCUCAAGCUCAUCGAGGCUCUGUGUGCCGAGCACAAAAUCAACCUGAUCAAGGUCGGAGACGCCAAGGUCCUCGGCACCUGGGCUGGUCUUUGCAAGAUCGACCGCGACGGUAACCCCCGCAAGGUCGUUGGCUGCUCCUGCGUCGUGGUGAAGGACUACGGUGUUGAGAGCGAGGGCCUGCACGUCCUCCUCGACUAUUUCAAGAACCGCUGA